GGCCGCGGUUGGAGGUUUGGCGUCAGGAAUUGGGGUUGUUGAAAAUUCAAGUGGAGUUGUGAGUUUUGAAACACACGAAUCCAAUCCCAUAGUGAGUGAAGAACCAGAAGAAGAUAUGAUCAAGCUUUUAGGAUCGAUUAAACAUGUAUCCAAAUCCACUCUGUUGAAGAAUCGCAAUGUUAAUUCCUAUUCCUACUCUUCUUUGUUUGUCUCAUCGUCUUCCUCCCAUUCCUCAUCCGUUCACCGCCUCAAUCUAAGCGCCAAGGACGUGGUGGCAUCUUUAAGGGACUGGUUCAAGCCCCCAACGCCGAACACAGCUCUUCUCGACCGCAUCUUCAGCAUCCUAAGCUCCCAAGAGCAAGCCGCCCGGGACGAUGCGUCUUCGAGGCAUUCCGCCGACCUUGCUCUCUCCCACCUCAACAUUCAUCUCUCCGAAGCGUUUGUCCUCCAGGUCCUCUCCUACGGCCGCCGCUCCUCCAAAGGCGUUCUCUCAUGCCUCAAGUUCUUCGACUGGGCGGGCCGCCAGCCGGGUUUCCAACACACCCGAACCACCUACCAUGCCAUCUUCAAGAUUCUCUCCAAGGCGAAGCUAAUGCCCUUGAUGCUUGAGUUCUUGCAGGAUUUUAUGAAGCAUGGGUGCAUCCACAGGAUCAGAUUUUACGAAACUUUAGUUAUGGGUUAUGCCCUUGCGGGGAAACCAGGGAUGGCACUCCAGCUGUUCGGAAGAAUGCGGUUCCAGGGUAUUGAUUUGGAUACCUUCGCCUACCAUGUGCUUUUGAAUGCUCUUGUAGACGAGAGUUGCUUUGACGCCGCUGACAUGGUUGCUAAGCAGAUUUCAAUGAGGGGUUUUGAGAAUGACAUCACUUACUCCAUCCUGGUCAAGGGUUUGUGCAAGCAAAACAAGUUGGAUGAGGCAGAGGCCUAUUUGCGCAGUUUGGCUGAGAGAGAGAAGUCUGUCAGUGGGCAUGCCGUGAGUAUUAUUGUGAAUGCGCUCUGCAAGGGUAACAGGUUCAAGCAUGCCUCCACCUUGUUGGAGGAGUUCACAGAGCUUAAUGUGUCAUUGGAGCAUGCUUACGGGAUCUGGCUUCACAAUGUUGUGCAACGGGGGAGGUUAAACUGGUCCUUGGACUUUGUCAAUAGUACGAAAUUAUUAGAUAAGGAUGUACCUUUAUUUCAGUGCAAUGUUUUGGUGUUGAGACUGUUAAGAGAAUACCGACUAAAUGAAGUUUAUGAUUUGUUAAUUGAAAUGGAGAAAGAUGGUAUAUCACCUGAUAGGGUCACCAUGAAUGCUGUUUUGUGUUUCUUUUGCAAGGCAGGGAUGGUGGAUGUUGCCAUUGAGUUGUAUAACUCCAGGUCAGAGUUUGGGCUUUCUCUUAAUAGCAUGACCUAUUGUCAUUUGAUCAAUAAUUUAUGUUCCAGUGGAGUUAUUGAUGAAGCUUAUCGUGUGUUAAGAAAUUCAAUUCGAGAAGGUUACUUACCUAGUAAAAAGAUCUUAACAAUUCUUGUGGAUGCCUUGUGCAAAGAGGGAAAACUUAACAAGAUAAAGGAGCUGGUUGUUUUGUUCCUGGAGAGGAAAUUUAGGCCCUCCUAUGCUGUAUGUGACCUGUUUAUUGUGGCUUUGUGUAAAGCAAAUAGGGUUGAAGAUGCCUAUUUAUUACAUGGUGAACUUAGUAGAUUAAACAAAGAUUUGUCACCUGAAACUUACUUUCACUUGAUUCAUGGUUGCAAGUCAAAUAGGGGUGAUAUUGCUGCAACACUUCUACUUGAAAUGCAGGAGAAGGCUCAUAAACCAAAUAGAAAAUUAUUUAAAUCUGUUAUCUGUUGCCUGUGCGGUAUGCAAAGCCCGGAAAACCAGUUCUUCAAAUUGCUGGAGAUGCAGUUGUCUCAAUUUGAACCAAGCUCUCAAAUUUUUAACUACUUCAUUGUUGGGGCUGGUCAUGCCAAAAAGCCUGAACUAGCAAGAGAAGUGUUUGAGAUGAUGCAAAGAAGUGGGAUUAUGCCUUCUCUGAAGUCCGACAUCCUUAUGUUGCUUAGUUAUUUAAAGAAUGACAGAAUUUCUGAUGGUCUAAACUUCUUUAAUGAUGUACACCAGAGAAGACGCGCAGGGAGAAAACUAUACAGUUCCGUUGUUGUUGGUCUUUGCAAAGCUGACAGGAUUGAUUAUGCGUUGAAUUUCAUGAGGGAAAUGGGGAAUAAUAAUGUACUUCCAAGUAUGGAAUGCUAUGAACUUCUUACAGUCGUGUGUCAGAAGGAAAGUUAUGGUUUGGCCGUAAGUCUUGUUAAUGAGUUGGAGAAAACUAGGGGUUAUAUAUCAUCCUUUAUUGGUAAUAUAUUGUUGUUACACUCUUUAAAGACAAAGAAGUUGUAUGAGGCUUGGGUUCAAUUUAGAGAGCUGCAAGAUUCAUCAGAUAUUUCGUUUCUUGGCCAACUAAUUGGAAUAUUUUCUGGUUGUGUCAAAGCAAACCAAGAUAUUGAGAACUUGGAAGAAAUUAUUGCAAAAUGUUUCCCAGUUGAUGUCUACACAUACAAUACAUUAUUGAGGAAGUUAAGUGUAAGCAAAGUGGACCAAGCUUUUGAGUUGUAUGAUUGGAUAUGCGAGAAGGGUUAUGAGCCAAACCGAUGGACUUAUGACAUCAUAAUACACGGUCUUCUCAAAAAAGGUAGGAGAACUGAAGCUCAGAGAUGGCUGGAGGAGAUGUUUGAGAAAGGCUUUGAUCUAACAGAGAGUACCAAACUGUUAAUUUAACAGUUUGUUGAUAAAGCCAAUUGCCAGCUUCUAACAAGAAUCCUAACCAAAGGCGUAGAGAGCAAUGGAAGGGUGGCGUCUUAUCCGAUUUGGACCUACCUAUCAGAUUAAUCUCGGAAGCAGAAUUUUCAGGUAAGGAUAACACAUUUAUAUGCAUUAACAUAUAUCUAUAUAUAUGUAUAUGUUUCUGCUUGAAGAUGAUGGUUUCUGGAGACGCCAACUCCAAUUGAUUUCUGUAUUUUAUUUCAAUAAAAGUGGGCAUUAGGGAGUUAAGUGUGAUGUUGUAGACUACAAAUACAACUGCAGUCUGCCACUGCUGCGAAACGAUAUUACAUCUGAUUUAUUGUUUAAAGGGUGAGAAUACCAUUUUUGAA